UAUUCUCGUCCUUGUCUUUUCUCCUACACGUGCAAGGGGUUGUUACAUGUGUUGCUGAUUUGGUGUGGAAGGUGACAGAAGAACUUAGCGCAUCCAUCAUUCACCACCACCUCAGUUUCUCCGCUGUGCCAAUUCAAGAGCUCUGCAACUCAAUUUCAUCGCAUGGCAGCAACAUCAGGGAAGAUUGUUCAAAAUGUUUUUAUGUCACACUGCUGGCAACAGAAUACACAGUCCAGUUCACCGAGUCGAAGGGACUAUUGUGCCCCUUAUUUGCGCAACUUGCUUCCCUCUCCUCCAGGGAAGUUGACAUGGAGUAGCGUCUCUUCCAUGCAAUUGCGCACGUUAUCGAAACCCCAGAACGAUUUUACUUUCCGGAGAAAUAUUCUCUGCAAUGCUUCCGCAUCUUCUACUGUCGUACCACAUCUUGACAAAGCAGCCUUUCUAAAGCUUCAAAAUGGCAGUGACAUACGUGGUGUGGCUCUAGAUGGUGUUGAGGGAGAGGGGGUUAACCUCACUGAACCUGUUGCUGAAGCAAUAGGAGCUGCUUUCGCCGCAUGGUUAGUGGAGAAAAAGAAAGCAGAUGCUUCUCAGCAUUUGAGAGUUUCCAUUGGCCAUGAUUCCAGGAUAUCAGCCAAAUUCCUACAGAAUGCGAUUUCUCGAGGGCUUGCUGGUGCUGGUUUAGAAGUUGUCCAAUAUGGAUUAGCAUCGACACCAGCUAUGUUCAAUAGCACACUUACAAAGGAUGAAGCAUUUCUUUGUCCUGUUGAUGGGUCUAUUAUGAUAACAGCAAGUCAUCUACCUUUCAACAGAAAUGGAUUCAAAUUUUUCACCAAUGCCGGUGGUCUUGGGAAGACUGACAUCAAAGAUAUCUUAGAGCGAGCUGAAAAAUUAUACAAUCAAUUUACAGCAGAAAGUUUGACAAAUUCUGAGAAAGUGGCUUCAUUAUCUAUUAAGACAGUCGAUUACAUGUCUGUGUAUACAUCUGAUCUAGUAAAAGCAGUUCGCAAAGCAGCUGGAAACAUAGAGAAACCAUUGGAGGGUUUCCAUAUCAUUGUUGAUGCAGGCAAUGGAGCAGGUGGUUUUUUUGCUGCAAAGGUGCUGGAACCUCUUGGGGCAAUAACUUCUGGUAGUCAAUUUUUGGAGCCCGAUGGUUUGUUUCCGAACCAUAUCCCCAACCCCGAGGACAAGACAGCAAUGAAAGCUAUAACCCAGGCAGUCCUUGAUAACAAAGCUGAUCUCGGAAUUAUCUUUGAUACUGAUGUGGACAGAUCUGCUGCUGUGGAUUCCACUGGCCGUGAGUUCAACCGGAAUCGCUUGAUUGCCUUAAUGGCAGCUAUUGUUCUUGAAGAACAUCCUGGAACAACUAUUGUCACAGACAGCGUGACUUCUGAUGGCCUUACCACAUUUAUUGAAAAGAAACUUGGUGGCAAACACCAUCGGUUUAAAAGAGGCUACAAAAAUGUGAUUGAUGAAGCUAUUCGUUUGAACUCUAUUGGCGAGGAGUCACAUCUUGCAAUUGAGACCAGUGGACAUGGAGCUCUUAAGGAGAACAAUUGGCUUGAUGAUGGUGCAUACCUAAUGGUCAAGAUCUUAAAUAAACUUGCUUCUGCAAGAGCUUCUGGUGUGGGUGGAGGAAGCAAUGUUUUGACUGGUCUAAUAGAAGGGCUCCAGGAACCAGGUUUUGCUGCAGAACUGAGAUUAAAGAUUAACCAAAACCAUCCAGAUCUUAAAGGAGGAUCUUUUCGGGAAUAUGGAGAAACUGUGCUGAAACAUUUGGAGAGCUCAAUUGGCUCUGAUCCAAAUCUGCAAAAGGCUCCUGUAAACUAUGAAGGGAUCAGAGUUUCUGGCUAUGGUGGGUGGUUCCUCCUUAGACUAUCACUUCAUGAUCCUGUACUUCCCCUCAACAUUGAGGCACGUAAUAGCGAAGAUGCUGUGAAGCUUGGACUUGUUGUGCUUGCAGCUGUAAAAGAGUUUGCAGGUUUAGACACAUCAGCCUUGAACAAAUUUGUAGGAUCAUAAUUUGAUACUUUCAGGUGAUGGGAAUGCUUUUGCUUGUGUUUCCGCAUUAUACAAAGGGAUUAUUUACGUAUCAACAGCAGGUUGGGGUGAAUUAAAGGUCUAAAAUCCUGAUUAAUAUUUCAUCAGUCAUACAUAUAAAAAAUACGGCCAUAUGGUCGAUUUAAGAUUGUGGUCAGUUCAUAGAUAUACCAAAGGUUUAUGAGAUGGAAUUUUAGUGAUACAUCCCAUUUUGAGAGUAGCGUCGUCAAUAUUUCUAGUGUAAUUUUGUUGUUCUUUGUGUUGCAUGUUAUUUACUUCUGAUACCCGUUAAGACUCAAAGGCUCCACUAAUAUGAUGUUUUCUUUUUGGGUGUAAAUAAUCAUCUAUUGGUUUUCAA